AGCCAGAGAACAGUCAAACCGGGAAUUGUGUUUUUUUUCCUGAAAAACAUUAAAACAUUUUGCACUUCUAGAAUUAAUGGACGGUUUGUAUGGCUAUGGAGGGGUCGAAAACGAAUCGUCUUUAUUGUCAAUCAUCCAGCGACUGAAUCUUACAUCUGUUUAGGAGGCACGUUAAUGUGUUAGAGACAAUAGAGGGACCAAAAAAUAAUAACGUGGCGGCUAGAUUGACCGUGCUUUUCUGCUUGGCGGCUGGCUUAACCGCAGUAAAAAAAAAAAGCUCUUGAAGGGACUUGUGGAUGUCAUACUUAAACUAACUCAAGUACGGUCCAAAACUUACACCUUUCCAAUAAUGGCAGUUCAAAGUGGUUACUCCAUUAACUCGACUGCGGACGACCAGGACAGUGACACUGCACCACUUCUAGAGAAGGAAGUGGAAAAAAUCACAGUGCCUCCCAAAUGCUGCUCUGUACGAUGCAAUCUGGCUACUAUGAUGUUCUUUGGCUUUGCUGUGGUCUAUGGUCUACGUGUAAAUCUCAGUGUUGCCAUGGUUGCUAUGGUUAAUGACACCAAUUACCAGUCAUCACCCGAUAGCAAUAUAUCGAACGAGUGUCCAGUAUCCACCCAUACACUUGACAACAGCAGCCAAAGUUCAGAACAGCCAGAUGGGAUUCCAAGAUACCCAUGGGAUCCCAAGACGCAGGGAAUGCUGCUCAGUGCUUUCUUUUUUGGAUACCUGUUUACUCAGAUCCCGGGAGGCUACCUUUCAGGACGCUUUGGAGGAAGCGUGUUCCUUGGUGGUGGUGUGCUUGGAACAGCCGUCCUCACUCUCCUUACUCCACUGUCUGCACAACUUGGAGCCAAGUGGCUGUAUGCCUUGCGUGCACUUGAGGGAUUUGGGGAGGGUGUGACUUUUCCUGCCAUGAUGGCGAUGUGGGCCCGCUGGGCUCCUCCACUGGAGCGGGCUCGUCUGAUGACGUUCUCAGGUGCAGGCUCUAGCUUUGGGGCCUUUGUGGCUCUUCCUCUCACUGGCUUCAUCUGCCAUAGUCUGGGGUGGCCAGCGGUCUUCUACUCCUGCGGAGGUGUCGGGUGCCUCUGGGCAGUGUUUUGGUUUAUCUUGGUGUCAGAUGAACCCCGAACUCACCCAAGAAUUAGUGACAGAGAGAAAUAUUACAUAAUUAACUCAAUAGGUUCACAGGGGAUGCCUCAUGGUUGGUCAGUGCCUGUAUUAUCUAUGCUGUUCUCUGUGCCUCUUUGGGCCAUAAUCAUCUCACAGAUGUGCUCUAACUGGUCUUAUUACACUCUCCUCACCUCACUUCCUACCUAUAUGGACACUGUGCUCCACUUUGAUUUGCGACAGAAUUCGUUCCUCUCCGCUCUGCCGUACCUGGCUGGAUGGCUGUUCUCAGUGGGCUCAGGGGUGCUUGCAGACAACCUCCUGGAGAGGGAGCUCCUGAGUGUCACAGCUGUCCGAAAACUCUUUACUUUCAUUGGUCUGUUUCUUCCUGCUGUUUUCCUGCUUGCUGUAGGCUUCACGGGUUGUAGCGGUGUGCUGGCUGUGACAUUUCUCACUUUGUCCAGUGCAUUUGGGGGUUUCAGUGCUGCUGGUGUCUUCAUUAACCAGAUUGACAUUGCUCCACGGUACGCAGGUACACUUCUAGGAAUCACAAACACUUUCGCGACCAUCCCUGGAGUUCUUGCACCAAUUGUAGUGGGUUACUUGACCAAAGAUUACUCAGUUACAGGAUGGAGACACGUGUUCUGGUUGUCUGCAGGGGUGAGCGCCUUUGGAGCCAUCUUUUACGUGAUCUUUGGCACUGGAAAGAUUCAGAGCUGGGCGAGGACAGAUGAGGAAUCUGACACAGAUACACACAAUUAAACAUUCCAGUUGACCAAUUCAGAGGGAUUGGAGUUUUAUCCUAUACUCAAAACAUGCUACCAGUCAGAAGUUUGGACAGACUUCAUACUUUUUCAUGAUUUAAAAAAAAAGAAGUGUUAUUCUAAAGACCAAUAUUAUAUAUUUAAAUAUAUAAAUAUAUAUUUUUUAAAUAAAUGGACCAGAUAGUGACAUUUUUUUUAAGUCAGUAUAUAAUUCCCAUAAGUGUUACUUUAUAGCUAUGAUUACUGUUUAAAAAAGAAAAAAAAAAAAAGAGUAGCAUGUCCAAACUUCUGACUCUGAUAGAAUUAAUACAGUUUCACUCAGGGUUUUAAAGGGAAAAUUUGAAGUGCCUUAACAUGUGUAGUUUAUUAGUCGGGCAAUAUUUAUUAACUGCUGAACAGUUCAGAAUUAAUCAUAAUACAAUGGAAUGGAAAAUUCAGAGUAAUUCCAUGUCUUCAUUUCAUUCAAUCUUAAUCUCAUUGAAUUUAAAAAUAUACUCUGGACUCUAUACUAACUUUCAAGCAAGUGUAAUGUUUACUACAGUGGUGAAACAGAAUAGAUUUAGGGGUUAUAUCUAAAUGUAAUUACAUUUGAAAAUACAUGUUAAUAAGCACUUGAAUGCAUUAAUAAUUGCUAAUGAAGUAACUAGUCCAUUAAUUGUGUCAUUCAGUUCAGCACUCAGUUUAUUACAGAUUUACUGACAGAUACAGUCGGACAUGGUACAUUAUUGUUUUGAGUUUUUACAUUAAGCUAAUGCACAGUUUAAUUUUUACAUGUUUGGUAAGCAGCUGCAGAUAUUUUCCUUUUUUUUUUUUUUUUUUUUACAAGCUUUUACAAUAAAUUUGACUUAAUGUUUAUUUAAAACACUCAAAGUGUCAUACAUUAAUUGAGUCACAAUGGCCAGCACUUUUUCUUUUUUUGAAAUGGCAUGAAUAUCUCAAUGCUGAAAAUUGCCCAGUAUUUCUAUUUCAUUUUUUUACAAUAAGUCAUAUUCAUUUGAUCAUGCUCAAUAAAUAACAUUGAAUUUGCUACAGUGCAGUCAUUUUCCAUCUGCUUUGUCAGCACUUGUUAUGUGUACUUCAGUAUGGAUGAAUAGAUCAUUAAUCAAACAUUUGUAUUCUUAUGUGAGAAUAUAGAGUAUAUAACCCCAUCAUUUUAUUGGCUACAGUGUAAAUAAUAUAUAAGGUAACAUUACAGUCAGCUUGUGGCAUUUGGGGACUCAAUUUCUCAAAAUAACAGCCAGCAGAUGGCGCAACACAUCGAUGAAGAUAAAUGGCUGAAUUAUUAGAAUGCCUCAAAUUUUACACCCGAUAGACAGUACUGCAUGUUUAAAUGGUAAAUCUUAAAUUUGUGUAUUAUUAUAACUAAAACAGUCAGGGGACAAUAAUACCAGUUAUAUAAACACUGCCAUUGUCUAUGUCAGAUAAGCUCCCAACACUUUUAACUUACCUCAGCACUGUUGAGAAAACGACCCGGAUGUACAUGAUUGAAUGCGGCAAGGUCUCACGUGCUUAUCUACAUGUGUGACAGUGAUGUCAGCGUGCGUGAAGACUGUCAUGUAACCUUACUGGGCGUUUUAACCAUUUGUGUCAUUGAUAGAGUGCUACUUUGAUGUGAUGUAUCGAUUUUUAUCAGUAAGACAGCGAAUAUUUGAUUAUUUAGGUUAGUCUCUUUAAUUGUUCCAGUCGUGACAUUGUAAAUGAAAUAUGUACAUGCACCCUUUCCGUAUCUUUUGUGUGUGUAAAUAAAUGAGCGAUCUUUAGUCCAGCAUACCAUGUGGACAAAAAUAAGACUGGUAGAGUAAUAAAAUAACCUUUCUUGUA